CAUGGAGACGGACGGGCGGGAGGCGACUCCGCCUCUGUGGCCCGUGGGGGCCCGGUUGGCGGCGCUGCUUCCCGACCUGCUGGUCUUCGGGAAGCCGGCGGAAUCGGCACCCGAGCUCUCCGCGUCGCAGGGCGUCCUUCUGGGCGUCCACGUGACUGGGUUUACAGCAUUAAUGGAUAGGUUCAGCCUGACCUGCAAGCCGGAACAUGACAUGGAUAAACUGGCCCACAUCUUCAGCUAUUACAUUAGUGACAUCGUGGAGCAUGUUCUCUGUUUUGGAGGGGAUAUCCUAAAUAUCACAGGGAAUAUGCUCCUGGCACUGUGGACAGUGAAACAGAAUCAACUGAGUGACAUCAUUACUCUGGUGGCCAAAUGCAGUCUGGAAAUACAGGAGAAAUUUGGUAUCUACUACACCACAGAAGGCCAAGACCUGCAGCUAAAAAUUGGUCUGUCUGCAGGUCGGAUUUCCCAGGUUAUAAUUGGCAAUGAGCAGCGGCAAUACCUCUUGGUGAUUGGGCAAGAUGUAGAUGGUAUCCGGUUAGCUCAGCGUUUGGCUCAGGCAAAUGAGAUUGUCCUGUCCUGGAACUGCUGGAAGCUCUGUGAGCAGUACAUGUUUGAAGUGGAGAUCAUGGGGGAGGAGGAAGCCGUGAAGUUAAGAGAUAUUCGGAUCAUUGGCCCAUUUGAUUUUGAUGAGCAUUUUGACAAGUGCCUUGAUUAUCUACCACAUUACCAUACAAGAACUGAGUCACUAAGAACUGCACUGGAGUUAGAUCCCGACUCUGCACGUGAGCAAACACUGCGGAAGCACAUAAUGAAAACUCUUUUAAACAAGAUUGAUGAAGGCCAGCCUGUGGAGUACAUAUCAGAAUUCCGUACAGUGACUUUGGUUUUGGUCAACCUCGAGUUCCACAAGACAGCCUGGCUGUUGCAUUUGUGCCAUCUCAUCCAGGAGGCUGCCUUGUAUAUCUCCACAGUCAUCGAGAAAGGGGGCGGCCAGCUGAGCCAGGUCUUUAUGUUUGAGAAAAGCUGCAUGUUCCUCUGUGUUUUUGGCCUUCCUGGGGAUAAGAAGCAAGAUGAGUGUGCACAUGCCCUGGAGAGCUCCUUCAGCAUCUUCAGCUUCUGCUGGGAAAACCUUACUGAGACCAAGCUUGUUUCCAUCAGUAUCACCAAUGGACCAGUAUUCUGUGGUUUGGUGGGGGCAGUAGCAAGACAUGAAUAUACAGUUAUUGGCCCAAAAGUGAGUCUUGUGGCCAGAAUGGUAACAGCUUAUCCAGGCUUGGUGUCCUGCGAUGAAGUAACAUAUCUAAGAUCCAUGCUGCCUGCUUACAACUUCAAGAAACUGCCAGAGAAAAUGAUGAAAAAUAUUUCCAACCCAGGGAAGAUGUACGAAUAUCUUGGGUAUAAAACAUGCAGAAUGUUUGGGAAGAGACAUUUGGCCAUAAAAAGAAAUAAAAUUCACCCUUUGUUAGACAGGGACAAAGAGCUGGAAGUCUUCUAUUUGGCACAGCAGGAGUGUUUGCACCAGAGGAAAGGAAGAGUAGUUCUAUAUGAGGGUAGAAAAGGCUAUGGAAAAAGCCAGUUGUUGUCUGAAAUAAACUAUCUAGUCCAGAAGAAAGGGCAAAGGGUACUGCCCCUAAUGCUGAAGGAAGCAGAUGCCAAUCAGUGCUUCUAUGCCAUCCACACACUCAUGGCCAUCUUCUUUGAGAUUGAUACAUGCCCAGCCUAUUGCCGCCAAGAGUGCCUACAAAAACAUCUCUCUGGGAUGAUGGAGGAACCGCUUCAUUGCCUUUUUAAUGACAUCUUCUUUGUUAAGUUUCCCUUAUCUUCCAAAGUUUUACUUAUGGAUGAACUGGCAAGACAAAAGAAGGUGAAAGCAUAUUUUAUUCAAGUGCUUCAGGAGGCAGUGAGGGAAACACCACUGGUUUUCCUCUUUGAUGAGGCCCAAUUUAUGGAUGCAGCUUCCUGGGAAUUUUUGGAAACAUUGCUCUCCAGUCUGCCUAUCACCAUGGUGAUGACAUUGACCCCUCCCACUAGCCUGUGUGCCGAGGCCCUGCACUUCCUGCGGAGCCCUCGGGCUGUCCUUGUGCCGGUUUCAAAGUUGGCAGCAACUUCACUGUUGAGAAUGGCAUGUUGGGAACUUGGGGUGGUGAGCAUCCCCAAAGAGCUGCAGAUCUACCUUCUCCACAGGUGUGCUGGAAACCCCCUGUACUGUAAGGUGCUAUGCCAGGACCUUCUCUCUAAGGAUAUGCUGCUUUUUCAUGACUUAAAAGAGGAGGAGGAAGAGAACAGCAAAUGGGAAUCGCUCUCAGCUAAUGCCAUAAAAUCCACAAUGUGUAGUAUUUCUCCUGCCGACUUUGAAGAACAGGAACUUUAUGUCUGUACAGUCAAAGAUGAUGUGAACUUGGAUACUGUACUUCUGCCACCAUUCUUGAAAGAUGCUGGCUCAGCCUCUCUUCUCAGGCUUCAAGAGGAAAUGCUCCUAUCUCAAACCAACAUGCUAGAAUUUGGAAUGCCUCUGUUGCGGGAAGCUGCCUGGGAGCUGUGGCCCAAGGAACAACAGAUAGCUCUGCAUCUUGAGUGUGCCUGUUUUCUCCAAGGCAUGGCCUGCCGCUGUAGCAGCUGCCACGGAGGGGACUUUGUCCGGUUCCAUCGUUUCGCAGUCUCUUCUACCAAGAGCUCUAGCAGGACCUCUAGAUUCUGUACUUACAAAGACACAGGCUCAGUGCUAACACAAGUGGCCACAGACAAAUUACAACUGCCUUCUCCCCAAGAUAGUUUACAGAUCCCCAAGACAUCCAGAAGCCGGGAGGCCCGCUCAGAGGAGGAAUUCCUGGAUCAAGUCACCAGGCAAAUGGCUCAGAACAGCCUGGAGAAAGGCCCGUCGUGCUACUGCAGACAGAUCCUGACGUCAGUGCUCUCCCCGCUCGUGCAGCACUGCCUCGUCCUGGGGGAAGCCACCUGCACAUUUUACUACCUGCUGGAGGCUGCCGCUGCCGCCCUGGACCUGUCCGACAAUUACCUGGCCUUCUUCUAUUUGAAGAAAGCAAGCAGUCUUCUGGGCCAACCUUCAGCGUUCUUGUUCUUGAAAAAGCACACGGUGAAGAUCUGUCAGUUUGAGGAAGCCACUUUCUGCCGUCUCCGCUCAGAGGUCUGUUUCAACAUGGGACAGAUCACCUUGGCCAAAAGAUUGGCUAGACAAGCCCUUCAUCUACUAAAAAGGAGUUUUCCUUGGACCUGGUUUGGUGUUUUUUUCCAAAUAUUUCUGGAAAAGUAUUGGUAUUCCAGUUCGUUGAGACCUCCUCCAAACAGCCUCCGUGAGAACAAGAAGCAGCUGGCAAUCGUGCAGCAGCGGGUGCGCUGCCUCUCCCUGCUGUGGCAGCUCUAUAACCUGGAGGCCACAGCCAGCAGCCGCAGGCUUGCCUACCUGGCCACUCUUAUGCAGAAGAACUCAGCUGAGGAGUCUGCAAAUGAAACCCAGGUUGUCGCUACCUACCUGGACGUCUCCCAGUUCUCCCAGAACAUGGGUGACAGGGAGAAGUGGCUACACUGUGAACAGAUGGCCAUUCAGAAGAGCAACCUAUGCUGGUUCUCCAGGGAGGGACUACUGUCCACAGCGCACCUCAUGCAGGCCUUGGCAUACACCAAGCUGUGCCUGGGCCAGCUCGACUUCUCCAUCAAGCUGGGUUUUCAAGCCCAUGAGCUAUGCCGACACCUCAAGAAACCAGCUCUGGAUAACCUGGUUCUCUCAGUCCUCUUUAGAUCUACGUUCCUGAGAAAGAAAUUUGAUCUGUGUAUCCAUGUGCUGGAGAGCCAGUGGAUGCUCAUUUCUCAGGGCCAUGAUGUCCUUGGUCUGGCCUGCUUCUACUCUGCAUGCUUAGACCUGCUGCUCUACGGAAGAGAUGCCCAGCUAGCCUGCUUCCCUCUCUCGUCUACAGGAUUGCUGUGUCGACCCUUCUGUGAGUGCCUGGAUUUCGCUCAACAUUAUGAGCACAGCUGCAUUCUGGCCUCUCAGAGCGGCGUUAUGCUGGGGCUCCACUCUUCCCUGGCCAUGUGGUUUGCCCAGAACUCCCAGUGGAACCUGUUUGAGCAUCACUUCUCCAAGGCCUGCCAGUUGGUGAGAAGAACCAACGCCUCCCUGUUUGGUUCACAUGGCUUUGUCCGGUUCCUAGAGUGCAAUGUGCUCAUGUUGCAGAAAAUGCCAAGGGGUGUCCGCGAGCGCAUUCCCUCCUUGUCCUACAGACAAGCCCUCCAGUACUUUAAGGACUUCUUCUCUCGAUGUGUGACCUGCCCCGUCUAUCACCGCUGGGUCUCUGAGCUCAAGGCCACUGUCAUGAUCUGUGGGAAGAAAGAAGCCAUGGCCUUGACGAAUAUCAUCAGACCUCUAGACACCUGUCUGGCCACAAUUUCCAUAGAGGGAGAGUUCCUAGAGGAAAACAACUCUUUAGAAAACCAAUUCAGGACUACAAUAAUUUGACAGAGUGGCUGGUAACAAGGAAAAUAAAGCUGCAGAAGAAACUCAAGAAGUUGUUCAAACAAAAGAAAAAUAAUCUAAAGAAAGAACAGUGAUUCUUUUACUGCCUCUAAUACCCCUUUUGAAAUAUGUGUUUAGGUUACAUAUCAAACAUACUAGCCUUUUAUAAUCACUGAUAUUUGUAUCCUUAUCCAAAUAAAGCUAUCUUUCUA